ACAAACUACAUGCACGCAGGAAGCCGGAGAAGAUACAGCCUCUUUCUAUAGAUGAUUGCAGAAUACAGAGUGUGGCCAACUCAAAACCAAAGGAAAGAUGUCAUGGCGGCCGACCUACCGGAGCUCCAAGUUUCGAAACGUCUAUGGCAAAGUGGCGAACCGAGAGCACUGCUUCGAGGGCAUCCCAAUCACAAAGAACGUCCAUGACAACCAUUUCUGUGCGGUCAACGCCAAGUUCCUCGCCAUAGUAACGGAGAGCGCGGGAGGAGGAUCUUUCGUUGUGAUCCCGGUCACUCAGUUUGGCCGUAUCGACCCUCACUAUCCAAAGGUCUGUGGUCACCAAGGCAAAGUGCUGGACAUCAAAUGGAAUCCUUUCCAUGACAACAUAAUCGCGUCUUGUUCAGAGGACUCUUCUGUACGAAUAUGGGAGAUUCCCGAUGAAGGACUGAGAAGGAAUUUGACAGAGCCUGUAUUAGAACUGUAUGGUCACAGCAGACGCGUGGGCCUCAUAGAGUGGCACCCAACCACUAGUGGGAUUCUCUUCAGUGCUGGCUAUGACUACAAGAUCCUGAUUUGGAAUCUGGAGAUUGGGGAGCCAGUGAAAAUGAUUGACUGCCACACAGACGUGGUCCUCUGUAUGUCAUUUAACACAGAGGGGAGUCUGCUGGCCACCAGCUGCAAGGACAAGAAGCUCCGCGUCAUUGAGCCCCGCUCUGGCAAAGUGCUACAGCAGGAGGCAAACUUUAAAAACCACAAAGUGAACCGUGUUGUGUUCCUAGGCAACAUGAAACGACUCCUAACGACAGGCGUGUCUCGCUGGAACACACGCCAGAUUGCUCUCUGGGACCAGGAGGAUCUGUCCAUGCCAAUCAUUGAAGAGGAGAUUGACGGCCUGUCAGGACUGCUUUUUCCAUUCUAUGAUGCAGACACACAUAUGCUCUACUUAGCAGGCAAGGGAGAUGGGAACAUCCGGUAUUAUGAGAUCACACUGGAGAAGCCCUACCUGCAGUAUCUCAUGGAGUUCAGGUCCCCUGCACCACAGAAAGGCCUUGGAGUGAUGCCAAAGCAUGGACUAGACGUAGGAGCGUGUGAAGUCUUCAGAUUUUAUAAGUUGGUGACUCUAAAGGGCCUGAUUGAGCCAAUCUCUAUGAUCGUACCUAGAAGGUCUGAAACCUAUCAGGAGGACAUAUAUCCCAUGACUCCCGGAACAGAACCUGCUCUGUCUGCUGAUGAGUGGCUCAGUGGAAUCAACCGAGGUCCGGUGCUUAUGUCCUUAAAAGAGGGCUACAACAGACCCAACAAGCUGGUGUUCAAGGCCCCAGUGAAGGAGAAGAAGGGUGGAGUGGUCAAUGGGAUUGACCUGUUAGAAAACGUGCCUCCCCGUACAGAGAAUGAGCUCUUGCGGAUGUUCUUCAGGCAGCAGGAAGAGUUACGCCGACUGAAGGAUGAACUUGCACAGAAGGACAUUAAGAUCAGACAGCUUGAGCUGGAGCUCAAUAACUUAAGGAACAGCCCAAACAUCAACAACAAUAACAACAGCAGCAAUGGUAGCAGCAUUUGACGUGGGAUCUGUGCUGUUUCUGUUGAUCUCCUGAAGUGACACUAGCUAUAAGCCCCCAGCGCUGCUGAAACACACAGGCUUCCUUUUUCCUAACACUCAAAUAUCCUUCCUUCAAGACCUCUGGAGACCAAGCGCUUGUCUUCAUAAAGCAGUGUUUCACUCCGACCCUCAGUGUUGACCCCACAGCUGCAGUGUGCUAAGUUGACUUUUUUGGACUGAUGAUUCACUUACCCUGUGAAAAGUCUCCCAUCUUCAGUCACACUGCCAGUCUACCUGCAGUGGAUUGAUUCUCCUUAUAGGGAUUGAUUUUGGUACAAGCUAUUCAUUGCAUUAUCAUCUCAUAAUUGUAGACUUUAAAUAUUAGAAUUAUUUAUUUCAUUUAUUGUUUCCUUUGUGUCAUAGCCCUUGUUUUAAACAGCUUAAUAAGUCCAUAUAGAGAUAACAAAAAAGUGUUUUAAUAAGGUCAAACAGACAUGCUUCACCCAUCAAGCUCAAUCUCAUGUAAACAAGACUAGUUCUAUUGCAUCAUUAUUAUAUGACUCACAGUGCUGUUUUAAUGUAGAAACUCAAGCACCACAGUCCAGUAAUCUUGCGACAGAUGACUUUUACCCAAUUGACAUACUCCUGAGUCCUGAAGUUUCGAGUUUGUAUUAAUAUAGUAGGGGACUCUAGUCUCUAUAGUAGGGGAAAUAUGUUCAAGUCAGUCUAUAUAAGCAAUAUAGCUUAUAUAAUUCAAAUGUUUUUUUUUUUUCAUUUAAAUAAACUUUUGCAAUAUAGGCUACUUGAUGGAAAAAAAUCCACUAAUUGUAAAAUCCAAUCAUGACAUAAAUUAGCAAUAGAUGUAGUAUUAGACACCUACACUGUAGUUCCAUAGGAAGGUUCAAAGAACCUUUUUUUAUUUCAGUAUGAUGAGGGCAAUUGUUUAUUUUAAAGACUGUCUGUGGUUUACAAGGCAUAAUGGAGCAUUGUUUUUAUUAUUAUUAACAUUUAAAUGAAACCUAUUCCAUUUUCAGUGCUUACCUUUAAAUUAAGUGUCUUGAGUUUCAGGUUUGUAGCUUGUAACAAUGAAUUUAUCCUUUCCGUUCUGAUAGGCCUAUAAUAUUCAAAUUGUUGACCUCUUAUACAUAGUCUAGCCUAUUGCGUUAUAGAUUGGAUGUAAAUUAUUGUAAAAUGCAUAGUAUUCCGCUUUGAAUUUUCAAUAGGCGAUUUUAAGUGUUCUAUUGUAAAGUGGACAAAUUCGCUGUGGGCAAAUAUCAUGCGCCACAAAACACUACAGGUGCAGUUACGCUCUUCAAAGCGCAAAAGUUAGCCUACCUUAUUAAUUAUUAUAUGUGAUGUUAACACAUUUAUUUUGCCUAGAACAAACUGGAAAAGAUCGGUUUUAAAAAUUGGCACACUUACUGGGCCACCCAUGAUCUGAUCUGAUGUGUUAAAUUCUCAUCCUUCGUAAAACUGAUGGAUCACUUGAUUCCUGAAAGCUCUCAAACCUCACUCGACCAGGCAGCACGGAAAGCAAAGUCGGUCCUCCUCUGAGUGUUUGACAUUCUCUGGUUGUCAUUAUUUAAUUAAACACUAUUAACAUCAACCUUUUUUUCAAAUAUGUUGCCUUAUAAUUUAAAUCAAUCAAGAGAAACCCCAGCAGCAGCUCCUGCUUCAUUAUUGCAUAGAGCGUUUUGAGUGCGUUUCAAUGAUUCUACCUUUAGGGGGCAGUGAAGCCACAGUCUUGCGCAUGUGUAUAGCACAUUUAGGCCUACACUUGCCAUGCCAUGAAGCAAACACUACACUACACAGCAUCCUGCUAAAGCAUUAAAGAGCAGUUCAAAAACAGACAGUAGUUCUUCUUAGUUAAAAUCCUAGCCUGCAGUUCACGCACACAAUAGUCCUUAGAUAAUAUCCUCAUGUGGCAUAAUUAAAAUAUUAACCUACCUAAAUGGGCCUAAACAAAAAGUGAGGGAUAUGGUGUUUGUGGCCUGUACAUUCCCAAUCUCAUGCCUUACAAUACACUGUUUAUUCUUUUGGAUGUUAAGGUGAAGUGAGUAAUAAUUUAGAUGUUUACAUUGCGAGGUGCCACAAUAUUUAUGUUGUAGGCCGACUUGAGCCGCUUAAUUUUGGUGUCAGACAAGAUGCUCACUGUCUAGACAAGCACAAUUAAUUUUGAAAAAUAAUGCCUGAAGAAUUAUGAGGCAAGACAUUAGGCUAAUCUUUGUCUUUGAUUAAACUGAGGAACAUUAAUAGGUAAUCACUACUCUGUAUUUUACAAUUCAUUAUGAUUAGCUGACUAACUACAGGAUGUUGCACUAAGGGUAAUUACAUUCAAAGUAAAACUAACAUUCCUGAGGAAGAGCAUUGAUAUGCAUAAAAUACAACUGUCCAGGCUAUAGUUUAAUUUACCUGAUAAUCUUGAACAAAAAUAUGAACAUGUAACAUCUGUUACAUGUCCCCACAGACUGAGAGACAUUAGUUACACUGUGUGCAAUGAAAGUUUCAUUUUCAUGUUAACAAAAAUAUUCAUUUGAACAAAAAUGCUGACUUUUAUUCAUGUGACAUCUGAAGUCUUCUUUUUAAUAAAAAUUUCAAUCAGUAUGAUCUGACAACUGGAUACAGCUGUUAAAAUUGCGUAUGCUUUCUAUUUAAAUAAUUGGCAUGACGCUUAUGUAUAUUUACACAAUAUCCAGUUACGCAUCAUCAAAAAUAUACAAGCUAUUUUCCCUGAGCUUCACAAUGCAAAUUCACUUCAUAUAUUCAAUUAAUCCGAAAUAUUCAAAGGUGAGAUGAUAUACACUAGCCAUUUCUGGACCAGACUCAAAAACAAUCUAUUGAUCAUGUAAUCACAACUAAUUACAAUAUAUGGAUUUUCUGUGGCAGUCAGAACAGAUAUUUCAAAUUACCAUAGAACCACUUGCAUUUUCAUUCAUUUUAUUACAGUUAAUGGUUACAACUUAGAUUAUUUGUGAAAAUGUCUGCCAUUAUCAAA